AUGGGGAAGGUAUCUUUUGGGUUUUUGAGUUUGAUGCUUGUAGUCGUGGUGAUUGGGGUUGUGGAGUGUAGGAGAUUUGAGAAGGAGACGUUGGGAGGCGGUGGACUUGGCUUUGGUUUUGGUGGCGGCAAAGGUUUUGGAGGAGGAAUUGGUGGCGGUGGAGGUGCCGGUGGAGGUUUUGGUGGUGGUGUAGGAGGAGGCCAUGGUGGCGGUUUAGGAGGUGGCAUUGGUGGAGGCCACGGUGGAGGUAUUGGUGGUGGGGCUGGAGGUGGUGCCGGUGGAGGAUUAGGUGGUGGUGGCGGACUUGGAGGAGGCCACGGUGGAGGUAUUGGUGGAGGUGCCGGUGGUGGUCUAGGAGGUGGUGCAGGAGGCGGUGUCGGUGGAGGACUAGGAGGAGGUCACGGUGGAGGUAUUGGCGGUGGUGCUGGAGGAGGUGCUGGUGGAGGACUAGGAGGAGGCCACGGUGGAGGUAUAGGUGGUGGUGCUGGUGGUGGUUUAGGAGGUGGUGCAGGAGGCGGUGCUGGUGGAGGACUAGGAGGAGGUGCUGGUGGUGGUCUAGGAGGUGGUGCGGGAGGAGGUGCUGGUGGAGGACUUGGAGGAGGCCACGGUGGAGGUAUUGGCGGUGGUGCAGGAGGAGGUGCUGGAGGUGGUGGAGGUAUUGGCGGUGGCGCUGGUGGAGGACUAGGAGGAGGCCACGGUGGAGGCAUUGGCGGUGGUGCUGGAGGAGGUGCUGGUGGUGGUCUAGGAGGAGGACAUGGUGGAGGUAUCGGAGGUGGCGCAGGUGGUGGUAGUGGUGGAGGAUUAGGCGGCGGUGCUGGAGGAGGAUUUGGUGGUGGUGCUGGGGGAGGAUUCGGAGGAGGCGCUGGUGGAGGAGCUGGCGGAGGAUUCGGUGGUGGCGCAGGCGGGGGUCACGGUGGAGGUUUCGGCGGGGGAUUUGGUGGAGGAUCAGGCGGAGGAUUUGGGGGUGGUGCAGGUGGGGGAGCUGGAGGAGGAUUUGGCGGUGGUGGUGGUGCAGGUGGUGGAUUUUAA